GCUGGGAAGGUCAGAGUCCUUCUAAUAACUACUUAUAGUGGCAAGCAGCUGAAUAUUUAUAAUGAGAAGGGAAGAAGUAACUCAUGGUGGUGCCUUCCUCGGGAUAAUCUGAUAUGCUUUCAGAAAUCCAUAGGUGUUUGUGAGCAAAGAGAAGUCUGUUCCAAAUACUAUACAAUUUGUAGAAAAAUAUUUGCAGAAUCCUUCUUUGACAUCAAUCAACCAAUCGUAAGGUGUUGUGCCCAAAAUGUGUCAAGCUGACAAAUCCACUUUACCAUGCAGGGCAAUUGCAUUUAUUGUCUUCUUUGUACUGCUGGUGGCAACAGUUGCUGUGACACUGCCAGUUCUCAAUUCUCUCCCUAAAAAUGGUGAUGGCUACUUUAUUGGUGUUGGUCGAGCUGAUUGCACUGGCCCUGUAGCUGAAGCACCUUUAAUGGGCUAUGCCAGUGGGGACCAAAACAGUGCUGGACUACUUACACGACUCUACUGUAGAGCAUUCAUCACAGCUGAGCCUAAAAAUUUGACAAAAAGAGUGGUGGUUGUCAGUGCUGAGAUAGGAAUGAUGUCUCAAAGGGUUAGGCUAGAGGUCAUGAAACAAUUGAAACACAAGUAUGGAGAUCUCUACAGGCAAGACAAUGUUAUACUGAGUGGAACUCAUACCCAUUCAGGACCAGCAGGAUAUUUUCAAUACACCACCUUUUUGAUAGCAGGCAAGGGGCUUAUCCAGCCAUCCCUACAUGCCAUUGUCAAUGGGAUUGUACAGAGCAUUGAGAUGGCUCAUCGUAAUAUGGUGAAAGGACGGAUUUUUAUCAAUAAAGGUUUGGUGCUCAACAGCCAAAUCAACAGAAGUCCUCAAUCUUAUCUUAAUAAUCCAGAAUCCGAAAGGCUCAGAUAUUCAUCAAACACAGACAAAGAAAUGGUGGUGCUAAAGAUGACUGAUGACAAUGGCCGAGACAUAGGAAUGUUUAGUUGGUUUGCCAUUCACCCAGUUAGUAUGAACAAAACAAACCUUCUUAUAAAUAGUGACAAUGUUGGCUAUGCUGCUCAACUCCUCGAACAAGAGAAGAAUAAGGGAUACCUUACAGGAGAGGGACCAUAUGUAGCAGCAUUGGUAUCAUCAAACCUGGGAGAUGUGUCUUCAAAUACUAAGGGCCCACACUGCAUCAACACAGGAGAGUCAUGUGAAAACCUCCACAAUUACUGCCCAAUAGGUGGGGCCAAGAUGUGCAUAAAUUUAGGCCCUGGCAAUGACAUGUUUGAGAGCACACAAAUCAUUGGAAGAAACAUCUACUUGAAAGCAAAGGAACUGUCUAUGACAGCCUCAGAAGAGAUAAACGGUCCCAUCAGUUCAGCUCACCAGUGGGUGACCAUGUCCAAUGUUACUGUGCAGCUCAAUGCUACUCAUUCGGUUAAAACAUGCAAACCAGCGCUGGGGUACAGCUUUGCUGCAGGUACUUCAGAUGGACAUGGGAUACUGAAUUUCACACAAGGUGCGACAGAAGGUGAUCCAUUCUGGGAAGCAGUCCGUAAUGCAAUCCUUGUUCAACCAUCCAAGGAAACAGAAGAAUGCCAGAAACCUAAGCCUAUCCUUGUCCCUACAGGAGAGCUGUCAAAACCUUAUCCAUGGCAUCCAGAAAUUAUUGACAUUCAAAUUGUUACCAUUGGAUCCCUGGCAAUAUUGGCUAUUCCAGGAGAGUUUACAACAAUGUCUGGACGAAGAAUGCGUGAAGCUAUUAAGAAUGAAUUUGAUGCUCAAGGGAAACCAGGAAUGAAUGUUGUACUUGCAGGAUUGUGCAAUGUUUAUACUCAUUAUAUAACUACCUAUGAAGAAUAUCAGGUGCAACGCUAUGAAGGAGCAUCUACCAUUUUUGGCCCCCACAGUUUGUCUGCUUAUAUCCAGUCAUUCAGAGCUCUGGCCACAGCUAUUGCAAAGGAUACUAUUCAGGACUUACCAAAAAAUCCAGGGCCAACCCUAUUAAAUAUAACAAGCCUGAAUUUUUUGAUGCCUGUUGUUGAUACAAAGCCACUUGGCAGCAACUACGGGGAUGUGCUGCAAGAUGUGCAUUCAAAGUACAAAGUGGGAGAAGUUGUUAAUGUGCAAUUUGUUGGUGCGAAUCCGAGGAAUUCUGUACAAAAUGUGAGCAAUUUCACUUUCCUUACGGUUGAAAAAUAUAACGCUGCUGCAAAAAGUUGGCAAGUACUGUAUAAUGAUGCCUCAUGGGACACCAGGUUCAUCUGGAAGAAAGGGUCUUGGGGACGAAGCACAGCCACAGUAGAAUGGCACAUCCCAAAGAACACUGUCCCAGGAACCUAUAAACUACAAUAUUUUGGUCACAGCAAGGAAUUACUGAGCUCAGUACAUGCAUUCAGUGGCACAUCUUCAAUAUUUAACAUUUCAAAUGAAAUCUGAAAUUGCAAAGUUGCAGCUGCUGGCUUGAAGAAAGCCUUACUUCUGUUUAAUUAUUCUGAUGAUGCUGAGUAAUAAGUAUAUAUGUGAUUCUCUUGCAGUAGCUUCUGGCACAUCUGCUUCACCAGCAGUCCACCAUUUGACCCACUCUUUCUUGAAAAUUCAGCCAAAGCCAGACUAAGAUCAAUCAUCUUCUCUCUAACAGAAAUAACAUGGUGCAAUGCCAACUCCAUGCCAACCUUGCUCCUGAGACUGUGCUCAUACCACCAGCAUUUUCUCUUGGCCCUCAGCUAGGAGUGUGCACAAAGCUGGUUUGGUUUGAAUUUGAACUGACCUCAAGCUGGAGUGGGUGGGUAGGUUCGGUUUUCAUUUUGCUCUAAACCCCCCCCCCGAGUUCAGUUUUAAUUCAAACCCAACUCAAACUGGUUCUAAAAGGUUCUACAUAGGGUAUAAUGGGGACUCAAACCGGCCCAUUAUUAUCUAUGCAGAAGCCCCCGCAAGCUGGUGGAGUUCAUGAAGGAUUUUUAAAAGGAUUUUUUUGUGUGCCUUCUCUUCAGUGAAUGGAUGGAUUCUAUUGAGAAGAUAUCCAACCUGUGUGACCUGACCUAGUGACCUGUAUGUGAACUUGUGGAUGCUGUUUCUCAAUGGAAUCCAUGUAUUCAUUGAAGAGAAGGCAAAAAUGGGGGGGGGGCAAACAAACCCCAAACCCAACAGUUUGGAGCUUCCAGGGGGAGUUGUGGCCCAAGAUGACUUCCAGACAGCCCCCAAGGGGCAGAUGGUGCCACCUCAAAUCCCCAUUAUCUCCUAUGGGGAAAAUGCAUAAAAUUGAAAAUUCUUCAAAAAUUCAUUAAAUAUCAUAGAAGUGUCAGAUUGCUUUGGGCUUUCAGUGGUAAUUGGCACCCAUGGGUGCCUACCAACCACCCCGGUUUUGCACCCCUAGCAGACUUCAAUCCAACAGGCAGAGAUGCAUCUAAGAAGACAACAAACUGACAACCAAAAAACAAGCAACCACAGUGACAGGCCUGCCUGUCUGGACAGAAAACCAAGGAACCUAGACCACCAGACAUCAAAAACUAUUGCUACAGCCACAAACAAACACCUAACAAUACACACUGUGGCACAAGGCAGCAAAACCAACCUGGCACACAAACUGCAAAGAAAAAGGACGAGACAAAA